AUGUUAUCUAAUGCUCUCUCUUUGCUGCUUUCCGCCAACAUCGCAUCCGCUGCUAUUCACUUUGUCUGUCCCACAGGUAUAGACGAGGCAGCUGGCACUUUGGAAGCUCCCUACAAGUCCAUUCAGCUUGCGAUCGACCGAGCCGCCCCCGGCGACACGAUUUACUUGCGAGAAGGUACCUACUCGCCAACUACCAACAUCCAGGUGAAGGCGAAGAGCGGAAACGCAUCCGCUCCGAUCACGUUGUCAAGCUACAACGGCGAGAAGGUGGUCAUCGACGGAGAGGCUCUGCCGCAUACACCUGGUGAACUGGGUUCGCAGAUUCCGGAUACCAGGCGUGGUACGUUGCACGUCGAGAGAUCCGAGUACUGGGUCUUCUACGGCUUAGAGUUGAUCCACGGCCCGUACGGAGUGUACCAUAUUAACAGCUCCAACAUCCUCUACGAGCGCCUCAUUACCCACGACAACUACGAAAGUGGUGUCCAGAUUCAAGGUCUAUCUUCCAACAACACUGUGCUGUAUCUGGACUCGUACCGGAAUCAUGACCCACGUAAGAACGGGGAAUCGGCAGACGGAUUCGCGUGUAAGGAAGGUUCUGGCGAGGGCAAUCUGCUCAAAGGAGCCAGAUUGUGGGACAACGUGGACGACGGACUUGAUCUGUGGGAGUUCCGAUCCGCCGUAACGAUCGAGGACACGAUUGCCUGGGGCAACGGAGUCAACCGAUGGAACUUCACCCCUUUCAACGGCGACGGCAACGGCUUCAAGCUCGGCGGCGGCGACGAGGCCGAGCGCGCGCCCGCCAACCACAUCGUGCGCAACAGCAUCGCCUUCGCGAACGCCGCGCGUGGCUUCAUCGACAACAAGCAGCCGGGCGCCUUCCUGAUGACGCGCAACACGGCCUUCAACAACGGCGAGCAGGGCUUCCGCUUCCUGAGCACCAACUCGACGCUGAGCGACAACAUCGCCGCCCUGAACCAGAAUGGCAUGAGCCAGAUCGAGUUCUCGCCCGGCCAGGUGAGCAUCGGUAACAGCUGGGACAUGCCCGCCGCGGAGUGGAGCACCAACGCCUCGUUCAAGAGCGUGGAUUCUAGCCUGGUCAUGGGCCCGCGGGCGGCGGAUGGGAAGAUUGUCGCGAGCGACUUCUUGUUGCCGGUUAGUGGAGCGGAGAUUGGAGCUACAACCUACUGGUAG